AUGCUGAAUCUGGGUUUCGUUCAAUGCACCCUCAUGGCAAAUUCUACCCCUGCGGACAUCGAGCUUCUAUCGGGACGACCUGCAACUCGAAAAUCAGCUAAUCCAAAGCAGUCUAUUGAUAACGCGCAAUUGCGGCUCCGCCUUUCUCGCCAGCUAGGUUCUCUUGAAAUAGCGAAGCAUGUAUCUGGAGCUCAAGGCGAAGAAUGGACGAAGCGGAUACUCAAGACCGUGAAGGAAGACUCGAGCCAUAUCUGCUCUGCGGAUUGGGAGAGCUUAGAUGACGAUGAAAAGAACGCGAUGGAGCAUUUGAAUCGUUUCUGGCGGCUUUGCGUCUUUCUCGAGGAGCAAGAACGUCAAGUCAAUGGAGCCUCAAAAUCCCAGUCGCCACAACGAGUCGAGCCACGUAUUUCUCUUUCAAGCAUCAUAAAAAGCAAAGCUCCUACUCCGCCUCGCCCUCCCAGCCCUAGUUCGGCUUCGACCCGCCGACUUUCUGGGGUCUAUAUUCCUCCCCGACCAUUGAAAUUCCCAGCACUACCUCCCCGCAGACCAAGCAGCUUUGCGAAAGUCUCUUUUGCGAGCAACGGGGCCAGCAUCGAACCCCAGCAUCCGUCAGUUACGGGCAAGACACACUUGGCGACUUGGUGCAAGGAGGACGAUAUUGAGGAUGUGCCGCCCCCGUUGGCCGAAACAAAGUAUAUACCUUCAGUUGGCUGGUGCAUCCGACAAAGCUCGCGAGUGACCCAGGGUGGGCGGUACAAGAUUAUGUUUGUGGACGGUGCGGUUUUGGAAAUUGACGUUGAUGAAGAUUGGGCCGAAUUCACGGGCCAGGAUGGUUCAACCAAGAGGUAUAAUAUCCGAACGGGGAAUAUGAUGCGACCGAUUGCAGACAGGAUGAAGGCCUUCGGAGAGUUUGUUUCUAUGUUCGAAGAGCAGUCUACCUCCCGAUAG